AUGAAAUUUGCUCUGGAGCGUUCUUACCAUAUAUUACGUUUGAACGCUUACAAUAUACCUGGAAGUCCAAGCCUCUGUAAUCUAAAAAUAUUAUUAAAUAAUUGUUUGGCUUCGAAAUCAGAUUUUUCAACAAUUCCUGAAGGCCAAAAAUCUGCCGUAAAGACGCUAAAAAUCCCACACUGGAUUGAUAGUGACUUUCCAGAGGUUAAAACUGACGAAAUAGCUGGAACUAAGGCCGAUAAUAAGCUGAAAGUUCUGAAGAGGAUAAGACCUUUUAGAUUAAAUCAGUUGAGUGUUUUUAACCCGAACCCUUAUUCGUUGAGUAAGCCUAUAAAAAAGAACCCCGUGUUGAAGCAUUUGUGGAAAUUGAGAGUAAACACUGUGUAUAGACGGGAUUCGUCCAAGAGAUUGGUCGUAAACGCGAGUAUCGUUAAGCAUAUUUUGAAGCAUACUGACACGAGCUUUGACGUAAUUCUAACAACCAGGAAGGAGUUGAUAGAUUUCGUGUUCUCAAACCCAGAUUAUAACUCUAGAUUUUCUAGAAUACAGUUGGUGGACAAGUACACACUGCAAUACUGUUUGAGGGGAACGAGGCAAUCGUAUAGCCUGGUGGACACGAUCGCAGAAGCAUAUACCCCCGCUGAGAACAAGGAAAUCACACCCAGGUGGGCUAAGAGUUCAUAUAAGUUUAGUAGAUUUGUUCUCGCACUCGACAACAUUAAGUACACGCAGAACCUCGGGUCGCUCAUUAGGACCUCUGUCGCACUCGGAGUGGAUCUUUUGUACUAUAUCAAGGGCACGACUGACCCCUUUAACUGGAAGGUUUCAGCAAUAACAGGAGGCGUGCAGUACUCAAUCCCUCACAGAUUUGGUACUUAG